CCCUCGUCUCCUCUCUCCUCCGAUCCCCCACAGUUUGGUAAGGGCCAUCGGACGCCAGUCAGCAUUAGCGAGUCCGCAACUACUUCCGGUUAACCGGAGGACAGAGCAGACAGCUUUGUGAAGACCCGAGAGCCUGACGGCUAGUUUAUGGAUGAUAUGGUUUGGGGUUGGCUUGUAUGUCUUGUCCAAUCAUCGUCGGCGCAAGUGUUUUCGCCUACCAAGCACCAAUCACAUCCCAGAGUCAGCUGCUGACCCCGCCCCCUUUGAAAUAUCUUGCUGUGGCCAUUUUAUACUUAGUUGUCUGAAAAAAUAAUUACAUUCGGCUCCUCGGGAAAAAUACAAAACCCUACUCGAACCUUGGCUGCAGCGUGACAUUUAUAGAGGCGUUGUUGGCUGCAAUUCGCAGAGGUAAGUGACAGUGCUGUUUGAGUUUCAAAUCCACGGUUGUGUUUCUAAUGCUAGCAUCCGUGUGGAGACAGCUUCUCAUUCCUUACGAGCUAUCCGACAUCCGGCUAAAUGAGUUAGCCUGCCUGCUAACCGAGAUGACCUCGCACCUGAAUACCACUAUCUGGGUUUUUAAUUAAUGCAUGCAUGAGACGUACACAUGUGUGCUCCUAAUGCAUGUGUUUUUUAUGUACGUGCGCACGAAAAGUAGUACUUCCAACGAGGACCAAAGUUUCUAUCUUAAGUUAUAGAAAACUCCUUUAGUGUCUAAAACUAGGCUUACCUGGGAAUGUGCCGUGACACCUGCCCCAGAGACACUAUGAACAUCGUCGCUAUUUUGUUAAUCCCAACUCAAAACAUACCUGUUCAGACUCGCAUACUCUGUCUAACCUACAGCACUGUCUUCCCUCCUUUAUUUUAAUGUAUUGUAAUGUUUGAUAUGACGUUUGAAUGUAUUCUAUUGUGUUUGGUUUUAAUCUUAUUUGCAUAUAAAGCUUCUAUUUUUGUUCUGUAUUCUCUUGUAAGGCGACCUUGAGUGCCCUGAAAGGCGCCCUAACAAAUAAAAUGUAUUAUUAUAUUAUUUUGUGUCAACAUUAGAUUUUUGCAACACUAUAGGUGAAUGGUCGAGUGGUUCUUAUCAUUGCUUCUCCCAAAAAGUAAAUAGUUGAUAUACUUCCAGGAUAGCUAAUGCUCUAGCGAGGAAAAGGGAAAGAGACCCGGAGCAGAGUCCGUAAUUCAGAAUGGAUUAUGAGCGGAGGUGAGUCAAAUAUCAAUUUUUCACCCACCCUUCCUACAAGUGAAGGUAUCGGACAGGUCCCUUACUGUGUCUUUCCACGAUUUCCACGCAGGGGUGGGCGAGGAGAUCGCACAGGUCGUUAUGGCAACACCCACAACGAUCACAACUUUCGGGACAUGGACUAUCGAGGUUAUGGCCAAGAGGAUGAGGAGACAGGGAUGAUAUAUGAUAUCAGAGCAGAGGAGGACAAAAUAUACAUCCAGGAGGAGCAAUCAAGGGGUGUUCAAGACUUCUCCCCGGGUUGCCCCCAAGACCAAGUAGGUUUUCACCAAAGAGGAGAAGGACGAGGGGACAUCAGACGUAACGGGAAGGGGCUUCUGUGGCCUCCUUGCCCUCAGUCUCAGCCUGAUCAAGCCCUUCCUCUGAUUCAGAGAGAGGAGGAGGGAUCCAGGCCGGUAUUUGAGCAGUCGCACGCUUGUCUACAGGACAGAGGUCGGGGAAAAGUUGGAAGAGGCUUUUCUGAGAACAGUGCUUCUCCUUCUGGGAGUCGGGAUGGCACCUGGGGAUGUGGAGAACAGAUGGAAUACAAUACAGCAAGACAGAGGGAGGAGGAGCGGUUCUCUCGUGGGACAGUGAGGAGGAGGGUGAGUCAUAACUACUUGUUUAUUCUUAUAGCGCUGCCCUGGGUUUAUUUAUUUAUUACUUUUCUGUUUGCAUAUGCUACUAAUGUGUGACUUUCCAAAUGCAGGCUUUUCCAGCAGGGGCAGAUGAGCACAGUCAUGGGAGUGCUGGACCAGACAUGUCUCUUGAAGAGCUGGAUCAGAAGGACCAGGAUUAUCGUGCCGAUCUAGACCACAAUCAGAGACCAAGCAACAUCAUAAUGCUCCGCAUGCUGCCACCCAAUGCGACAGCCAACGAGGUUAGUGAAAACCUCACUGGCAUGCUUCUGUGUGUCUUUUUUUUUUUUUAAUUUUAUAUAUGUAUAUCUUUGUUCGUGAGCCGAAAAACUAAAGUGACAUCCCUGUGUUCAUAGAUCCGAGCACUACUUCAAGAACAGGGGAUCCAGCCGAGAGAGGUUCGCCUAAUGAGGAACAAAUCUUCAGGUGAGAAUUUGUCCAUCGCCCUGAUUGAACUUGUUCUUUACUCUCCCUUUACAUCCCACCCAUCCAUUUCCAGCUCUAUCAUUUUCAUUGCUCCUCCUUUCUCCAUAUCUGAAUAAACAGCACCCUGUCCUUCUCUUUUAUUGUCAAUAUCUUUCUGCAUACUCAGAUUUAUCGCUGAUGCAAACAUCACACAUUUUUUCACUACUAUACAGGCUUCUGUUUAGAUUGUAGCUUUGAUUCUUUGGUCUUUCUGGAGUCUUAAGUCUUUCCAGUGCCCACGGGGCAACAAACAUCCGUGAACACAUCAAGAAAGAGUCUGAUGAAUAUUAUAUUUUAAAACAAGAAUGCAUGCAUACAUUCAGGGGUUAUACAUCUUUACCACGUUUGCUUUCAUUUUUCUUUUCCACCUUGGCUCUCUUACUCUUACCUUUCCAUAAUUCAGCUUCAUCCAUCUUGAAGUGACAUGCGUCUGAGUUGGUGAAUAGUGCUGACAGACUAACGGUGUCACCCUAGAUGCACGAGGGAGCAAAAAUUCGUUUGAAAGCUUUUGUCAUUGUUGCUGUUUUUGAAUGUGUGAGUGCCGGUUUUAAGUGUUGUAGUUAUGUGUGUAUCAUCCAUACCACUCAGACGAGAUUCUCCUAAAGGUUUUCUAUUGAAGUCAUUUUCUUACCUGCCGCCUUUUCUGCUAAUCCACUGGUUGUUAAGUGUGCCUACCUGACUCAGGCAUACUUGCAGUCCCCCUCCCCCCCUACACUGCCUGUCUCUUCCACCCCUACAUCACUGUUUCUCUUACUGACUGACAAACUUCAGGGAUUGUCCUCCAUGUGAUUUCAAUGGCACAGUGUUGUUUCAAAAAUGAUACACCAGGUUUGUGGUCUUCUAUUUAUAGUAAUGCAUGGAAAGGAUUUGAAGUGUUUAAGUGGCGACGUCACACCACAGAGCUACAUAGUGCCGGCUGCACUCUGACCCUCAGAGCAACAGAGUGUCUUUGAGCGUUUUGUGUUUAAUUGUGUAUGUGUGUAUGUUCUCCUGGGUGCUUCAUCAUUUAAAGCCACAGAGCUUAAACUGAUGAGUGGGUAGGAACUCCCUCUCUCUCCCUCUUUCCCUGACCCUGUGGAGAUACUUGGCAUUGCGUCCUCCCACCCUUGAGGAGCAUCAACAGCAGCUCUCAAACUCGCUGUCAGAUCGUAUUAUGAUUCCCGAGGGAGAGAGGAAGCAAUCACUGAUUUUAUUAGUACUGAUACAGGGUCUCUCCCUCUCUUUCUCUCUCUCUCUCUCUCUCUCCUCUGAACAUGAAGCACUAACCCCUCACUGCGUUGUUGUUAUGUUGUUGUUGUUGUUGUUCGGUUACCAUGGCGCUGGGCGGUGUCCAGGUCAGAGCCGAGGAUUCGCCUUCGUCGAGUUUAAUGUCAUACAGGAGGCCACCCGCUGGAUGGAGACCAACCAGGUCACUCUCCCUUACACAGACACACAUACACAUGCACACACAUACAAUGGGAUGAAUGGGUUCAUAUCAGGACAAAAGAGCAGUCACUUCAUGCCCUGUCAUGUGCACACGAUGCAUUCCACUAUGGUACAGACAUACAGAGACGAGAAAUACAAUUCUCUCCCUGAGGUAGGCAGGUAAGUCUUAAUUGUUGAAAGGACCCCCAGUUUUUUUUUUUCCUGCCCACACAGAACUCCACAAGAAAGCAAAACUCAUGUUAAGUCCUGCUGACGUCCAUCUGUGUUGGGCCUUACGACAUAAAUCUCAUACCUGGGCCCUCCCAGUCACAUUUACACAUCUUUUGUCGAAUACAAGCUUCUCUUUUACUUCUGUCUCAUCGGUGACAUGUCUCUCACUUUGUUUGCAGAAGUUUGCAGUGCCAUCUCUGCAGUAGUCAGACACUUUUGUUAAAUAUAAUUUCUCACAUGGUUUAUUCUAUGUUGACACCAAACCAAUUGAAGUCCCCAUAUUCAUCAUUACACCAUUGUGACAUUUUAAGUAGGGGGUUAUUUGUGUAUUAGGGAGGGGCAAAGGUGGUGACAGUGGGAAGGGGUGCGUGGAAAGCUGCGAAAAGGUUUCCCCUUAAGGGGGGAGGGAUGACACAUUUAAUAAAUACGUUGUGUCCUUAAAAAUGGACACUGCAAAGACUACACAUACACCAUCUCAGUCCGUCCCAGUUUCCUAAAGCUGAAGGUUGCAAUUCUCUGGUGUCCUUUUUCUUUCAGCCUCAGUUCUUGUCUUUCUCUGUCUCCUCCUUUCUUUCCUCUCCCCCUCUCCUUCCCUCUCUCUCUCUCUCUCUCUCUCUCUCUCCCUCUCUCUCAUCUUUUGUGAGAUGAGGCCUUUCUCUGGCAUGUGUGGCCCAGUUAUCUCAGAUAAUCAUUCUUUGUUCUCUCUCUCUCCCUCUCUUUUUUUUUUUCUUUCAGGGGGUGCUGUUGAUUCUGGGACAAAGAGUGUCGAUGCACUACAGUGACCCAAAACCGCGUGCCAAUGAGGACUGGCUCUGCAAUAAGGUUGUGCGAGUGUGUGUGUGUCUGCGUUGUGUAGAUAUGUCAUAUAUCAUUUUAUUUCCAGUAUGCAAUUUUUGAAAUAGUUGUGCGUGUCAGAGCUUUUUCUAUACACACACACUAGCAGGGUGUAACCAAGAUGUGAAGGCGCUAAUUGGUGACAAAUUGUUAUUACAUUCAGACUCUGUGGGAAAACAUGACAGAGAGACCAAGGGAAUUUAGACGUGUGCAACCAUCAAACAAAAAUGGGACAUGCGAACAUUCAGUCUGGUGUUUAAGGCUUAUUGGUGCAUGAAAUGAAUCGCUGUACGGAGUCUCUGAUAAGAGAAAAAUACACACAGUUGUCUUGGCCAAACCAUCCCUCUGGUUAAACCCUGCAUCAUUAGUCAACCACUGGUGACUGCAUUAGCGAACGUUGUGCAGAGAAAUGGUAUUAAAGCGCCCAAAUACAUUUUGAGUGAAAUUUUAAGCGCAUAUGCUAUGUAAAUAGUUGCAGUUUACAGCCUUGGUUUGUGUUUAUAUCAAAUAUUGUGAUAGUUUUCUUUUAGAAAACUUAUACAGCAGGUCUCUUUGCAUUUCAACAGUGUGGGGUGCAAAACUUCAAAAGGAGAGAGAAGUGCUUCAAAUGCAGUGUGCCCAAAUCAGGUAAAGCCGUUUUCUGAAGAUCUUUUCAAUCCUUACCCUUUUAUGAUACAACAAUCCCUGUUCCAAUAUAAAUACAUAUAUAUUCAUAUGAAUCGAUUGUGUGUGGUCUUCUCAGAGGCCGAGCUGAAGUUGCCCCAUCUGCAAAGGGAUUUACCUGUCAGUCUUCAAAAAGAGGGAGCUCAGGGCUUAUUGCCGUUGCCCGCGCCCUACCACCCCUCUGGACCCACGGUCAACCCAGGACAGGCUACACAGCAGGCAGAUGCUGCCAAUGACAGUAAGUUUCUUUUUGACAUGAUUCAUCCCUACAGUGAUCUUUUUUUUUUUUUUUUUCAUUUUUCCCGCUGUGUGUGAUAUUUACCAAAGCCCUCAGCACCACUUGACUGUAGCUCUGUGUCGACCUUGUGUCUGACUCGUUUGAUAAGAUGUUAAACAGUUAUAAAAAUCUGUCACUUUCUUUCACACCAGCUCUGAUACUUCGAAACCUGGGUCCACAUACUUCAUUGGAUGCCAUCUUAUCUGCUCUGGCCCCAUUUGCCACCCUCUCUCCCUCCAAUGUUCGCCUGAUCAAGGACAAGCACACACAUCUCAACAGGGGCUUUGCCUUUCUACAGCUCUCUACUAUAGUGGUGAGAAAGCUAAAGAAGCAGCAAUGCAUAUGCAUAAGUGUUAGACAAAUAAACUCGAGAACUAUAAUUUAUUGAUGUCCUACUAAAAACAUGUUGUAAUUUUUGUUUACUGACAAAGAUUUCUCCCACAUUUGGACGCCCACUUACAGUUCCACCCACACAGACUCAAAAGGUCUCCAUUUGUUUUAUCAACAGGAGGCAUCUCAACUGCUCCAGAUCCUGCAGGCUCUUCAGCCAGCUCUCUCUAUUGAUGGGAAGACUAUUGUGGUGGAGUUUGCCAAAGGCUCCAAACGGUAAAUACUCUCCUACCCUCACAUUACCUCAAAGUAAAGAGUAUUAUUGUGACUCUAAACCAGCUGUAACAGUUAAGACAAGAUAGUCAAAUAUCAUUGAGUGGUUUAGAACCAUAACAAAUAAGCUGUUUUGCAGUGUAGGUCACCUGACACCUUCUGAAAGCGUCUCUUUGUCUCCAUGUUAGUGAUGUGUUCCUGACAGACGGCAGCAGAGUGAGUGCUGCUACAGUCGCCAGCACUGCCAUCGCUGCUGCACAGUGGGCUGUAACACAGGUAAUCAAUGUACCAGUAAAGGAUAACAUGAGGGUGCAUCAAAGCUUUGAUUUCAUACUGUAUGAAUAUUAUUGAAUGAUAGUGAUCUUACCCUGUAUAACUUUUUGCAUCUCCAGACAACUCAGAAUGGAUCAGGUGGGGGCCAGAGUACAGAUACAGCUGUGUGUCAGCAGGGGGCAGCAGUCACAUACAACAAAGACGGUAAUGAAUACUCUGGGCUGGACGGCACAAGUUUCAAAGCCCAGGCAGACAUCAGAGUCCCCGCUUUGCCAACUUCAGGAGCAGCCUUGAUGGGGGCAUACGCAGGAAGUGCAGUCGCGGGUUGGUAUCACACGCUGCUCUGUCUAGUAUAGUGAGAACUAUAACUGAGAUUUAUACAGCUGUAAAAAAAAAAAAAAAAAAAAAAAGACGAAACAAGCUUUAAAUUCAAGUCAAUUUGUUGCACCUGUUUGUUGUUUCAUGUAUUCAGCUGACACGGUGACAUCAGGAUCAGUGCAGCCUCACACCGAAACCCAGACUGCUCUCAUCAACACAAGCACCACCUCACCAGUUACGCAGGUACAUGACUUUGUUGGUAUCAGUUUGUUUUAAUAAUCAGACCUUCAAAUCUUGCAUUUUUAGAUGUCAUGGCUAUGUUGGUAUGAAUACCUAUUUGAUUUCAGGUUGAGAUAGUGGGAAAACCACAGCCAGCUGCUCCCAGCCAACCUGCUACCCCGGGCACUGAGCAUGAGCUACAGCAGUAUCGUAAGGCUUUGAGUAUCUAUUAUCCCUGCAAAUGAAAGAACUUAUUUAGGUCUUUGUUUUGUGAAAGGAAAUCUCUCACUGCUUGGUGUUAAUACUGCUUUUAUCUAAAUGUAAUUGAAGUAUCAAUUACAGAUCAAGCACAGCUGCCCACGUGUUUAAACGAUUUUAAAUAUAUUUUUUUGUACUUGUCUCCAGCUGUUCCAGAUGUGUCUACAUAUCAGUACGACGAAAGCUCUGGGUACUACUAUGACCCACUCACCGGUCUCUACUAUGACCCUACCUCCCAGGUAAAGAGUUGUGGAUGUGUUACAGUUCAAAUAAUAAAAAAAAAACUUCUGCUCUGCAACCGCAUCUUAUUUUGAUUGUGUGUGCCAUGUGGCCCUUUUCUUCGCAGUACUACUACAACCCUCACACUCAGCAGUACAUGUACUGGGAUGGAGAGAAGCACACCUACAUUCCUGCUGCUACUGCUGGACAAUCCAACAGUGAAGGUGUUACCAGCAGUGGUGCCGCCCCUGCAGACUCGCCUUUUGCUUCCCCUGGCAGCAAGGAGAAAAAAGAGAAACCCAGAAAUAAGACUGCUCAACAGGUAAUCCACACACAGAGUACGAUUUCAAGCACUGAUAAGCAUGCAUGGCAUCCAUUUUGAAUUAUAUCUUGGUCAUGAAGUUACUCUUUUUUUGUUUGUUUGUUUUAAUUCCUGUUUGAAUUCUGAAAAAGGAUUUGAAUAUGUCAACUGCUUCCAUUUUUCAGCUGAUAAAAUGAUAUGCUGUUUAAAGUUGAAAAACAGACUAAGAACAAGCACAACCUUUUACAUUUCUUCAUUUCUGGACUUUGACGUUUCAAAAUCCCAAAUCUCAAGAAUAAAAAAAAAAUCUUUGCUCUUACUUAUUUAUAUCACUAGAUUGCCAAAGAUAUGGAGCGCUGGGCUAAAAGUCUCAAUAGACAGAAGGAGAAUAUGCGCUCUGUCACUUCUUCCCCUGCUGUGAGCUCCACAGCUCUUCCACCUGGCUUCACAAGGACACCAGGCCACAGUCGCUUGGAUGACCGCAGGGAAUCUGCAAGUGCUGAUGCAGGCUAUGCUGUUCUAGAGAAGAAGGUAUGUGAAACUUAGAAAAACACAUGCUUGGCUCACACCACUACGGCACGCUUGAGGUAGCAGGGACUAGAGCUCGAGCUGCACCUGUCUUAGUCUAAACAAUGCCUGAUCUGCGCUCUUCUAUCCUGCAGGGGGCUCUGUCUGAACGGCCUCAGAGUUUUCUGGACCAGAUAAGACAAAGUACAGAGGUAAGGACAUGGUUCAAGUGAUGCACCGUAACAUAAUUAGUUGUGGCUGUUUCUCAGUAUUUGGUCUUAAAUCUCAUUCCUUUAGCGCUCCCCACCCCAGCAGCAGGGCCUCGUCCCAGCUUACAGUGGAGAAACUGACAGCGAAGAGGAAGGGGGUGACAAAGAGGAGAAGGAAGGGAGAAUGACAGACUGGGUUAAGCUCGCCUGUCUGCUGUGUAGGAGGCAGUUCCCCAGCAAGGAGGCCCUAAUCAGGCAUCAGCAGCUGUCUGAGCUCCACAAGGUGCUAACACUGUUUAAAAAUAUAUUAUGUUAAGAUAGUGUAUAAAAAUGACACUCAGCAUCAACUCACCAUCUUCUGACUCAUCUGCCCUCAGCAAAACUUGGAGCAGAGGAGGGCUCAGCAGGAAGUUACAGGCAAAGAAGUAAGUUCGAAACAUUGAAUGAAUAAUUGUUUGUUACUGACCGAAUACAGCUCAUAUUGUCUUGACUGUCCCUUUUUUUGUUCUCAGAGACUUGCAGAUGGACCCGAGCCUCCUGAUCCGAAGAAAAGAAAGUUUAGCCUCAUGUAAGCACCAAUGAAGAAACAGUCUUAGAGAAGAUAUACAUUUGUUUAAUAAGUUUGUGUGAAAAUGGUUCAAAUGUUUCUUUAUUUUUAUCCUGCAUACAGUAGAAGGUAUCUGCAAAGGAUUUUUGUCUUUGUGCACACCUAAAGUUGGUGUUGUGUGUUCUUCUCCCAUUUAGCGAUGGGAUCACCGGUACCAGUCUCGGUGCCAGGAUGCUACAGGGAGGUGUGAAAAAGGGACUUCUACUGCGCAAUAUGCAAGUGGAGUGACCUUCAUCCCGAGUCCAAUCUUCCUGAUCAAGACAGGACAACGACGGAGCCGAGCACAUAAAAACUUCACCAUUAACAUCAUAUAGAUACCUAUAGGAAAGUCUCUUAGUUUGGUCUGAUAUCACAAUUACCUCAAAGGUGGUAAUACACUCAUGAAUUGAUCCUGUAGCUGUGGACUACAAGACAUUGCACAGAAUGCACUUUUCUUUUGCUUUCUUCCUGAAUGAUGCAGUUUGUUUUUUACCAGCUACAGAGCUUGUGUGUGAUAAACAAGCCUAACGUGGUUGGGAAACAUUUGCUGUGGGAAAAUGAUCAGUUUAGAUCUAAAAUGCAGCAAAUGGGACUUUUUAAUAUUACUGUCUAUGCACCAUAGGUUUCCUUAAUUUUAAAGCUAUAUGCCCUGUCAUUCAGUGAAUGACUGAUCUGGGCAUGGACUGAGUAAAUAUGUAAGAAGAGACUAUGCCCAAGAACCAGAGGAGGGCAGCACUAACACUAGCGUGUAGUUGAAAAUGUCUCAUCUUGCAGGUGUGAACUCACACAAUAGUCAUUGGUAAUCUCUGCAUAAAUGUAUUUUUUAUUUCUGUAUAUGUUUAAAAAAAAUGACUGUUCAUCAAGCUCAUGUAAAUUAAUUCAGAAUAACACAUUUUUCAUCAUUA